AUGCCGUCACAGAACAGCAGAAGUCCUGCUUGCCUAAAUGUUGGACUUUCUCCCUCUGCUUCAAAUACGAAACCGCUGGGGCGGGGGAGCAAUAACAAAAAAAAUGGAGCAUAUUUUUCUUCUUUUCUUUUCUUUUCUUCCUUCCUUUUUGCUACUCGCUAUUUCUUUUUCUUUUUCUUUCUGCCUUUCUUUCACCCUUUCUUUCUAUCUUUCUUUCUGCCUUUCUUUCUUUUUGUUUUUCUUUCUGCCUUUCUUUCACCCUUUCUUUCACCCUUUCUUUCUUUCUUUCUGCCUUUCUUUCACCCUUUCUUUCUUUCUGCCUUUCUUUCACUCUUUCUCUCUUUCACGACUCCCUUAUUUUUCUAUUACGCCAUCACUUCCUUAUUUCGCCCUUCUAACCAAUUAACAUUCGUUAUUUUUCUCUUUUACCUAUACUACACUUUCUUUUCCUUGUUUUCAUUCAUUCUUUCUUACUUUUUUUCUUUCUUUCUCUUUUCCUUCUUUCUUCCUUCCUUCCUUUCUCUGAUAGGCUCAUUUCUUCUUUUGUCAAUGCUACUCUUUCUUUCAUUUGUUCUUUUUUUCUUUCUUUAUUUCUCUUCUUCAGUCGUCUUAUUUUGUUCUUUCGUUAAUAUCUUGAUUUCUUUACUUUUCUUUCUUUCUUUACUUUUCUUUACUUUUCUUUCUUUCUUUCUUUACUUUUCUUUACUUUUCUUUCUUUCUUUCUUUCUUUCUUUCUUUCUUUCUUUGAUAUGUACCUAUUCUUUUUCCUUUUCUUUUAUGACGCGCUUACAUUCUCCCAAAAGCUGCCUCAGCCGAUCCACAAGCGAAAUCAAGCGACCACCCCAUUCAGUCAAGACCCUACUUCGCUGA